UAGUCCAUGCUUUGCCCGGCUGUUUGUGGUCCACUGACAACACGCAUCACCCACCAGCCACGACUUUCCUCUGACCGACAGCAGCGAGGAGGCGGGCCGUGUUUAGAUCCUAACAUUUGAACAUAUCUGACGUCUUUGGCUCCAUCAUCGCCUCUCUCUCUGUUCAAACAACUCAUUGCUUUCCACUGUCUCUCGGCGCGUCCCCAGACGCAUUAUUCGGGAACGCUUUUUAAAUUUAUUUUACUCGAGGGCACGCGAUUUAAAGUUUGUCACUUCCAUCCGUGCUCACUACUGUAUUAAUAAUAUUACGUUUAAGAUAAAAAGCGAACUUCUCGCUAAAUCUGCUUCGUCGUUCUCCAGUUCCGCUUGUUUUGACAUCUGGGAUAUUCACAUGAGUGCGCCUCCGGUGAUCCGCCCGCCUAGCCCCCUCGCGGGGUCGCAAGGCAUCUCUUUCCAAAUUCAGAUUGGUUUGAGCCGAGAACCAGUCUUGCUGGAUUCCAGCGACCUUAGCCUGGCCCAUGUCCGGGAGAUGGCAUGCUCCAUCGUCGACCAGAAGUUCCCAGAGUGCGGCUUCUACGGGAUAUACGAUAAAAUCUUGCUUUUCCGGCAUGAUCCUGGCUCCAGCAACAUUCUGCAGCUGGUUAAAUGUGCCACAGACAUCCUCGAGGGGGAUCUGGUGGAAGUGGUUUUGUCCGCCUCUGCCACAGUGGAGGACUUUCAGAUCCGUCCCCAUGCACUGUUUGUGCAUUCAUACCGUGCCCCAGCCUUCUGUGACCACUGUGGGGAGAUGCUGUGGGGCCUGGUGAGGCAAGGUCUUAAAUGUGAAGGCUGUGGCCUAAACUACCACAAGCGCUGUGCCUUCAAAAUACCAAACAACUGCAGUGGCAUCCGCAAGAGAAGGCUGUCCAACGUCUCCAUGACUGGACUGACCACCACGCGCUCUGUGUCCACCGAGCCUUCACCUAGCACCUCAGAUGAAACCUUACUGUGUCCAGUCAGCCCCAGCAUGGAGCAGAAGGCCCAAUCCGACACCUUCCCAGGGCGAGAGAAACGGUCAAACUCCCAGUCCUACAUUGGGCGCCCCAUCGAGCUAGACAAGAUUCUACUGUCCAAAGUGAAGGUUCCUCACACCUUCGUCAUCCACUCCUACACCCGUCCCACUGUUUGCCAGUAUUGCAAGAAACUGCUGAAGGGCCUGUUCCGCCAGGGUUUGCAGUGCAAAGAUUGCAAGUUUAACUGCCACAAACGCUGUGCCCCCAAAGUUCCUAACAACUGCCUGGGAGAAGUAGCUAUCAAUGGAGAUCUGCUGAGCCCGGGUGCCGAGUCCGAUGUGGUGAUAGAGGAGGGGAGUGACGACAAUGACUGUGAGAAGAACAACGCUCUCAUUGAUGACAUGGAUGAGUCCAUGGCUCCUGAAUCUGCCCUCGCACUGGGGAUGGGACAAGGCGACAUUGGGUAUCUUCAGGACCCUGACACAGAGGACUCCAGCAGGACGAUCAGCCCGUCGACCAGCAACAACAUUCCCCUGAUGCGAGUAGUACAGUCUGUGAAAUACAUCAAGAGGAAAAGCAGUAAUGUUAUGAAGGAGGGCUGGCUGGUGCACUUUACCAGUAAGGACACACUGCGGAAGAGGCACUAUUGGAGGCUGGACAGCAAAGCCAUCACUCUGUACCAAAAUGAUACAGGAAGCAAAUACUACAAGGAAAUCCCACUAUCUGAGGUGCUGUCCCUGGAGCCAGCUAAUACCGUGGACCUCAUGCCAGAGGGGGCCAACCCACACUGCUUCGAGAUCAGCACAGCUGGUGUGGUGUACUACGUCGGAGAGAACUUGCUGAAUGUGGUUGGUGGCAUGCCAACGAACAGCAGUGUGCUGGUCAGCGGCGUGGGUCUGGAUGUGGCCCGUAUGUGGGAGAUGGCUAUCCAGCACGCCCUCAUGCCGGUCAUCUCCAAGGGCCUCUCACACGGGGCCCAUCACAGCCAUCACAAAGAUGUUUCUGUCAGCAUUUCCGUGUCCAACUGCCAAAUUCAGGAGAAUGUGGACAUCAGCUCAGUUUAUCAGAUAUUCCCAGAUGAAGUUCUUGGUUCUGGUCAAUUUGGAAUAGUUUAUGGAGGAAAGCACAGAAAAACAGGGCGUGAUGUAGCUAUCAAGAUCAUAGACAAACUACGAUUCCCUACCAAGCAGGAGAGCCAGCUGCGCAAUGAAGUGGCCAUCCUACAGAACCUCCACCACCCUGGGGUUGUAAACCUUGAGUGCAUGUUUGAGACGCCUGAGCGAGUCUUUGUUGUAAUGGAAAAACUCCAUGGGGACAUGCUGGAGAUGAUCCUGUCAAGUGAGAAAGGAAGACUGCCAGAACGAAUCACAAAGUUCCUUGUCACCCAGAUUCUUGUGGCACUCCGCCACCUCCACUUCAAGAACAUUGUACACUGUGACCUCAAACCUGAGAAUGUCUUAUUGGCAUCAGCUGAUCCUUUUCCACAAGUGAAGCUGUGUGAUUUUGGCUUUGCUCGCAUCAUUGGUGAGAAGUCUUUUCGACGGUCAGUAGUUGGAACCCCAGCCUACCUGGCCCCAGAGGUCCUGCGGAAUAAGGGCUAUAACCGCUCACUGGACAUGUGGUCCGUGGGCGUCAUAGUCUAUGUUAGCCUGAGCGGGACUUUUCCCUUCAAUGAAGAUGAAGACAUCCAUGACCAGAUCCAUAAUGCUGCCUUCAUGUACCCACCCAAUCCCUGGAAGAAGGUCUCCCAGGAAGCAAUUGACCUCAUUAACAACUUGCUUCAAGUCAAGAUGAGGAAACGGUACAGUGUGGACAAGUCCCUCAGCCAUCCCUGGCUACAGGACUACCAGAUGUGGCUGGACCUGCGAGGUCUGGAGUGUAAAAUGAGUGAGCGUUACAUCACGCACGAGAGCGACGACACACGCUGGGAACACUUCGCCGAGCAACAUGAUCUGCAGUACCCCGCCCACCUGGUCAACCCCCAUGCUGAUGUCAGUGAGGGGGUGGAGCCCAAGGAAGCAGAGAUGAGGAUGCUCAGCGACAGAAUCCAUAUCCUGUAAAAGUGAUACCACCCCUUUUGGACUGUCUGACUCUGCCUUCUGGAACUGUUACCCCACCUCCUUAGGUCAGUUUGUUUCUACCCACCAAGUAAGGGCGGUGGUCCAAAACUACCAUCUGCAAAUGGAUGACUUGCUGUAGGAUUGUCUGUCCCUGCCUUCUGAGUCAGAGAGGACAAACCCCACCCUCGAUCUGCCCUACUGAGGAUGGGCUUACACAUCACAAGAAGGCUAGCUCUGCAGUGACCUUCUAAGCACCCAGUAAAAGUUUGUUUCUGGACACUGCAUAUCCUGAUGGCACAAGUUUUCUCAAUGCUCAACUGUGUAAAAUGCAGGAGAGAUGGCUUUCCCUGAGGCUCUAAGCCUGUGACUUAUGUGUCAGACAAAUGCACCAGCACAAAUGGUAACUGGGUGGUAUUAGGCCCAAUGCCUGGUGCUCAUAGGUCUCAAUUUCACUUCUACUGUGCUACCCACCCCCAUCUCUCUCUUUGUGUCUCUCUCUCUGAGAGAUUGGACAUCUGGGCCUUUGGUAUUUGGCCUUGUCAGAAAUAGCAGAAUGUGUGUGCUGUUCAGAGGGCUGCCUGUGCUCCCUCUACUGCUGCCAUUGCUGUCUUGUUCUCUCAUGCUUUCUUCAUGGAAUGUAAACAAUGGAAAUAAAAUAAUGUAUCUUUAAGUGUGAUAUAAUUAAGAAUCACUUGUAACGUA